GUAUGAAUUUCCAACCCAAUAACCACAAGAUGACAGGAUGAUUCAGGCUGGCAGGGACCCCAGGAGGCCUCUAGCCCAAUCUUCAGCUCAAAGCACCUGGGCUCAGCUAUGGGAUCAAUCCGGGUUGCUCAAGGCUCGACCCACUUGGGCCUUCCAAGUUCCCAGGGAUGCAAUCUGCACAACCUUUCUGAGCAACCUCCUCUGCUGCAGGAUUGCCUUCAUGGUUCCAUUUUUUGUUCUCUUCAAAGCCAGCCUGAACCUCCUUCUUUCACCUUAGGCCUGUCAUCAGGUCUACUCUGGUCAGCUUUGGAAUGAUUCUUUUCAAGAGCCAUAAAGAAAGUACAAGGAGGCACCUCUGCUGUGCGUCAGCAGGGAGCCAGACCUGCCCACGUGCUCCCUUCACCAGUCUGUGCUACACAUGCUGAGCAGACAAAAUCCAUUCUUUGAGGGGGGCCUCCCACUGUCCGGCAGCACGCCCACCCCUGCCCAGAGGAAGCUUUAAUGCUCACAGGAGCUCCUGGUCACGACGUGCUCUCUCCAUCCUCUGCUGCUGCUCCACCCUCUCCCCCUGGGCUGCAUCUUCCCUCAGCUGCAGUUCAGUGUUACUCUGACGCAGACGCGAGGCUUCUUGCUCCGUCUCUUCAAGCUGUUGCUGUAGCUCUGCCCUGGUUUUCUCGACGUUUGCACAGUCACUGCAAAGACAAGGCUCAGUCAGAAGGACGGACAGGCCUGAAGCAUCACGGAUCCCAUUUCAGUCACUCCAGGCUGACGCUGUGGGCAGCACGGACUCUCUCAGAUGCAGAAAGAAAAGGUGUUAAUGGAAGUGUAAAACUGGAGGCUGGACUUGCCAAUACAAUAACCAGCUUUAUAGACAAAGGACAAGAUGAGCGAGCGCCAACUAUAAGAAAACAAAAAUAUAUUUUUGACAUCAGUGCAUUAGAAAAAGAUGGUUUGCUGGGAGCAGAGCUUCGAAUAUUGAGGAAGAAGCCUUCUGAUACGUGGAAGUCUCAUUCUUCUGGAAAAACUUCCCAAGUGAAAUUAUUUAGUUGCUCUACAAACAGGCAAGCAGCAACACUUCUGGACUCUCGUCCUGUCAGUAUCACAGAUACACCAAAAUGGGAAGUGUUUGACAUCUGGAAACUUUUCAGGAACUUUAAGAACUUGGUUAACUUGUGUUUUGAACUGGAAACUUUUGACAGGGGAAGAGCCGUUGAUCUCAGGAGUGUGGGAUUUAAUAGAACAGGAAGACAGGUCAAUGAAAAGGCUCUCUUCUUGGUAUUUGGGAGGACGAAAAAAAGAGACUUAUUCUUCAAUGAAAUCAAAGCUAGAUCUGGCCAAGAUGACAAGACUGUUUAUGAGUACUUAUUCAAUCAGAGGCGGAAGAGAAGAGCUCCUCUAGCAACACGGCAAGGGAAGAGGCCCACUAAGAAUCUGAAGGCAAGGUGUAGCAGAAAAGCCCUCCACGUGAACUUUAAGGAUAUGGGCUGGGAUGACUGGAUAAUAGCCCCUCUAGAGUAUGAAGCCUAUCACUGCGAAGGGCUCUGUGAAUUCCCCCUUCGAUCCCAUCUGGAGCCCACCAAUCAUGCAGUUAUCCAAACCUUAAUGAACUCAAUGGACCCAGAGUCAACACCCCCAACUUGCUGUGUCCCAACUAGGCUGAGUCCUAUUAGCAUUCUUUUCAUUGACUCUGCAAACAACGUGGUGUACAAGCAAUAUGAGGACAUGGUGGUGGAGUCAUGUGGUUGUAGGUAGCAGAACAGUUGUUCACAUGAAUAUGUUAUGAAAGGUAAUAUGACACACUGAACAUAACCUCUCCUCAAACAAGGUUAACUAGAUUUCUUAUCUCUAGGGUAAGUAUGUUUACAAGGAUGUAGCAAUAAACCCAGUGCUUCUAUAUGUCUCUCCACCAUGGGCAUAUUUCAGUAGCAUUGGGAUGCUGUCAUGCAGCCUGAUAUAAGGCCUUCUGUCAGUGACAUGAGACUAGCUCUAUCUGAAGUCCAUGACAGAGAAGAUUGUAUCUCCACACCUCUAGAUCACCUGCUUUUAGCCUCGAGGUGGUGGGUAAAGAUGGUAUCAGUGAGCUGUGGAUAUGACCUCUUCGAUCCUUUGAACAAUGUUCUUGACACUGAAAUUAUGUCUGAGUUCCAUGUGCUUUGUCCAUUAAGAAAUGUAAGAAAAGAGUCCUGAUGUCUAGAAGAGAAUGUUGUGUUCUGGUGUGCUCCCAUCUUGGUGUAAAUAGUUACACUGUAAUAUGAUUUCUUUUUGAUUAGCUCUUGAAACUAUGCAUAUAUAAAAAAGGAGUCAUUAAAUAUAAUAUGUUGAUUUAGUUUUAAGUUUUACAUGGAGAUAGAUGAUGCAGGAGGUAUUUGCUUCCAUGUAUGUUUUCCUCCAAGCUACAUAUCUUUCUUAAGUAUCCACCCUUCCAUUAUUAUGUAGCAAGAUAUAUUACUCUGUAUAAGGUCCAAGUUGUUCUCAAAUGCUCAUAGUAAAAGUGUUCAAUUAUGGCAUAAGAUGUAAUA